CCAAUCAGAACGGCGAAGGGAAAAAGGAGGCUGCAGCGCUUCAUAUGCUAUUUCUGUCACGUAGAACGCAUACAUUUGUUUUGUUGCGUACAAACGUAAAUUGCGUACUUAUAUCAAGUUAUAUUUAAUUUCUAACCAGUAAUAUUGUUUAAAAGUGACAUAUACAUAAAAGUAUAGGAAUCAAUUAUUUUUAGAAAAAGAAAAAAAGUGAUUAUCCUUGACGGUGAUCGUGAUUAUUUUACCACUUAGUGACAACAAUGUCCGUGAUUAUGGAUUGUUUUCAACAGUAGCGGACGUACGAAGUUUUAUCUGUUUCGUUAAAGCAAUUUUGGUUUUUAAAUCUAAUCUAAUCCUCCUUAAUAUCCAUUUUUUUGAUUCAGCUUCGCGUUUGUGGGCUAUUCAGGAAAAAAGAACAGAAAAAAGGCAACAAAUAAGUUUCCCCUGAGACAAUCAAUUGGCGUUUUGAACUGUCUUUUUUGUAUUCUUCAUAUCAGUACACGGGAGCAAGAACUGAAUUCGUUCAACCUACUGUUUCGUUUAAAGCCCUAUCCUCGAUUUAAAUCUAUAAAGGGUACCUAAGUCCACCUCUAAAUCUUUCAUCAGUGAUUUGUGAUGUACAAGUUCAGUGCCGGAGGAAAAAUUAUUACCUCUACAAUUAAUUUCGUACAUUCAAAAAGGAAAGGAAUUUUUAUACACCUAAGAAACAUGAACAGAAACUCAAUAAGUCUUCGAAGUCAUAGAAGUUUUUUAACAUUUCGUUUAUAUUGAAUUACUUGAUUGAGUUAUUGAAAAGCAAAUCAAGUUUGAUAGAACAGAAAAGUUAUUGCGCCAAGAUGGUGCAGCACGAAUGAUCUAACACCGUGUUGUUGAGGGAUGCACAAUAAGUCUCUAGUACAAAAUUACUGUUUUUACAUAACACAAAGAAAACCAGUAUUGUCAUAAUGAAAUUGCUAGAGAGUACACGAUUUGAAGCUAUAAACAGUGCCUUGUUCAUUAAGACCGGAGAUAGCAAGAUAAUUGGAAGGAUUGAGAGUUAUUCUUGUAAGAUGGCAGGAAAUGAUAAACAACUGUACAAACGCUUCAAUGCAGAGCAAGGAGUUACACCACAUGACCUUCAAGCUUUAUCGCCACCACAAACAUCUUUGGGAACAUCACCUGCUCAAAGAUAUUUUAGUCGUAGUGUUUCUGGUGAUGAAGAUGGACCUUUAUGUGAUACAAUAAGCAGGAAAACAUUAUUCUAUCUGAUUGCAACUUUAAACUCAGCCUUUCAUCCUGAUUAUGAUUUUUCUGAUGCUAAGAGUCACGAAUUUAGUAAAGAACCAAGCUUACAGUGGGUAAUGAAUGCGGUUGACAGUAAUCUCAGUGCAACUGCUGGAGAUCAUUAUCGUACUUUACGUUCUGCUCUCUGGGGUGCUAUCGACGAUGAAAUAUCAUUGAGCGAAUGUGAUAUUUAUAGCUACAAUCCAGACUUUGCAUCAGAUCCAUUUGGAGAAGAUGGAUGCCUGUGGUCUUUUAAUUAUUUCUUUUACAAUAAAAAAAUGAAGCGUAUUGUCUUUUUCACAUGUAGGGCAAUUAACCCUCUUUAUGUAUUAGAUUCAGGCAUAGGUAGUGAUUUUGUGAUGGACGAAGAAGAUGAAGAUCGUUAUUAGAUCUUUUAUAUACGAUCACAGUUUGCAACAGUUAAAACUUUACAUUUUCUCUUGAUAGAUUAUUAUUAAUUUCAUGUAUUUUUUGUAUGUACAACUUUUUACAUUCAGUUUAUAAUUUAAGAUUAUGUGUGCGUGUAUGUGUGUAUGUAUAUAUGUAUAUGUAUGCAUAUAUAUAUAUAUAUAUAUAUAUAUAUAUAUAUAUAUAUAUAUAUAUAAAAUUGAUUUGGCUUUACAUUUCACAUGAUAUAUUUAUUAUAUAUUUUUCUUUCAUUUGAACAAGCAUGUGUACGCACUGACAAUGUACACGCAGUCUGUCAUCUAUUGUACAUACAAUAGUUUGAUUAUUUUACUUUUUAGUGAAAUGUGACAAAUAUUAAUAAAGCCUAGUCUGUUUUUUAGACAAGGAUCUUACCAUUUUUCCUACUAGGAAAUGCAUCUGAUUUUCUUUAGAAAUUUUUAUGUAACAUUCUUUUUUGUUAUCCAAUGUGAUGAAUUACCUUAUAGCUUAAUUAGAUCUCACAAACAUAAAAUGUUGUGAUUAAUAAUUAAUUCUAUUAUGCCAAUUAUGCUCUAAUAAUUGUAAUUAAGCUUUCUGGAUGUGCAAUAUCUCAAUAUAGUGCACUUUCAUUUUAAUAUAAGUAGCUAUAUCAGAUUUUAUUUAAUAGAAUCUACAAGAUAAAAAAAACAAAUUUUUGUUAUCAAAUUUAAGUGUAUAUAUGAUAAAAAAUAUCAAAAUUUUAUGAAAAGUUUAAAUCAGUAGUUCACAAUAUCCUUCUUAGUGGAAAAUUCAUAAUUAUGCUUUAUGAAGCAAUGAUAGUUAAUUUACGGAAUAAUUGAUGUCAAGUAACCAUUUUAUCAUUGUCCUUUACUUACAAUUACAUAUCAAUAUUACAUAUUCCAUAAUGACGUAUUAAAUUUGGGCAUCGUUACUUUCUUAGUGUAAUGAUAAAUUUGAUAUUAGGUAGGCUGAUAAAUGCUGUGAAACAGGAUAAAACAUAUCUAUUCUUCUUAAGGUUAUAGCUUUUGAAAGCUAUAGUAAAUUCUAUUAUUCACUUUGCCAAAUUACUUACCAAUACACAAAGCGUAUUUUGUAUUAUUAACAUAUGUAUUUCAUUCUAGUAUGUACUGUAGAGCAUCUUUUUUCUUUUCUUUUUUUUUUUUCUUUUUUUUCUUUUUUUUUCCUUUUUUCCUUUCUUUUAUACAGCUUAAUAUAAUUGAUUUGUAGGAAAAAUCCGAAAAAUUACUAUAUGUACAACAUUUAGAAAUAUAUAAUUAUUUCAAUCUUUACUUUAUACUGGACAAUAUGUUUAUCUGUCACUUUUGAAAUAAAUAUUUCAAGAAGA